GGCACAGCACAACACAAGGUUAAGAGUGAAGAGACAAAGUGAAAGAGAUCACUGCAUUGCUUCUGCUCACAAGAUCUCGUUCUCUCCUCUUCCCGAUCUUCUUCUCUCACACUAUCAUCUCUUUCAUUUUCAAUAGUUACUUCAGGUUUUGUUGUACCUAGUUUGCAGACUUGAUGGCGUCAAAGUUGCACCAGUUGCAGUCCAAAGCAUGUCAAGCAUCUCAAUUUGUAGCCAAACAUGGAUCUAACUACUACAGGCAAUUGUUGGAACAGAAUAAGCAAUACAUUCAGGAGCCUCCGACUGUAGAAAAAUGCAACCUGCUAUCGAAACAAUUGUUCUACACCCGCCUUGCAAGUAUUCCGGGUCGUACAGAGUCAUUCUGGAAGGAACUUGAUUAUGCCAAGAAUUUGUGGAAGAACAGGAAGGACCUAAAGGUGGAAGAUGCAGGUAUUGCUGCUUUGUUUGGCCUGGAAUGCUUUGCAUGGUUUUGCGCUGGUGAGAUUGUUGGAAGGGGAUUUACUUUCACCGGUUACUAUGUCUGACAAAAACCACUUGAAAGUGUAGGUUUUAUCAGUGCUUAUAUACUCUUAAAGCCAAUUUCUCUGAUCAUUCAUACAUUGUGUGGAUUAUUCUACAAGGCAAUUUUUGUUAUUCUGAAUUAUUUUGUUUUGGGAGAAAGGUUGAAAAACUAGGGUUUAGUUUUCAUAAGCCUCAAUAACCCCUUGUAGUUGAAAGCGGGGGGACGAAACAUGCGUUGUUCUCUUGUACUGUUGGAAAGCUAGUGAUGGUAUUCCACAAUGAUGAAUUGAUGAUAUA